AUGUAUGGAGAUUUUGGGUCAUUGCCAAUAGCUCUGUUUAAAUCUCAAUACGAGGUUGGAAGAACAUAUCCGUUUGGAAUUGAUCCAAUAUGGCACCAUGCAGACAAUAAAAUGAUAUUUAUAAACUCCUUAAAAAUGAAACUUAGUCUGAUUAUUGGAUUCUUCCACAUGGGGCUGGGAUCUGCAAUUUCGAUAGCUAAUAGUUUAUAUUUCAAGGACAAGAUAACCCUAAUUUGCCAAGCAGUACCGCAAGCAAUAGCAUUUUUCUCAUUUUUGGGGAUAUCUUGUGUUUCUUUGUGUCUACAAAUGGCUGGUGACAAUAAACCAUCCAUCGCUAGUCAAUACGCUUAUCUCGAUGUACACCGAUCCAUUCAAUAUGAAGCAUCAAAUGUACCCCGGCCAGAUGCACGUCCAGCUAUUUAUAUUCUCAAUAAUACUAAUUUGCAUUCCAUGGAUGAUACUCAGCAAGCCAAUCUACUUGACAUUUAG